UAAUAGCUAAACCGCUUGGACUAUAAAACACAACAAAUCAUAAACCAAGGAAAAGAACCGUGCCCUCCCAAUGAGUUCCUAUUUUGUAAACUCCACUUUCCCGGUGACUCUGCCCGGAGGACAGGAGUCAUUCUUGGGACAGAUACCCUUAUACUCCUCCGGAUACACAGACCCUUUACGACACUAUCCCGGUGCUGCUUAUGGAGCUAGCAGUGUCCAGGAGAAGGCAUACCACUCUUCCUUUUACCAGCAGACGAACGGUGCCUACGGCAGGGCGACCACCAUCGGUUCCUGCGAUUACGCGGCAGCAAGCUUCUGUAGGGAAAAAGACAACGCCUGUGCCCUCUCUAGCAUAGAAGAACACUCUCUUAUCCACAGUCAGGAGCACCGGAAAACAGAUUGCACAGAUUCGCCUGGGAAAAACAUCUACACCGAGGGUGACGAACAGAAGCCGGCGGUGCCAGUGUACCCAUGGAUGCAAAGAAUGAACUCGUGCAGUGGGACCUUCAGUAACCCUGGUCGGAGGGGUCGUCAGACAUACACCCGUUACCAGACGCUGGAGUUGGAGAAAGAGUUUCACUUUAACAGGUAUCUUACCCGCAGGCGCCGUAUUGAGAUUGCGCACGCUCUAUGCCUGACGGAACGCCAGAUCAAGAUUUGGUUCCAAAACCGACGGAUGAAGUGGAAAAAGGAGAACAAAUUAAUCAACUCAUCACAAACCAGUGGCGAGGAGAAAGACGAGAAGAGGACAGAAUGAAAUUAUGGCAAUGAGCAGCAGACACCUCAAUAACUCAUCUGAAGGAAAAAAAAACUCUCCAUGUACAUACAUUUGCUUCGGUGAAGUUGUAUUGGUAAAUUCGUUGUAGCAUUCCACUUAUACAUUUCAAGUGUUAUUUUGUUUAACUCUUACAUGAUGUCUCUAAUUAAUGUCUUUUUAUGUGCAAAUUAUGAUUUAGGAUUUGUUCUUACAUCUAAAACGGACAUGUUUAACACAUAUAUUUUAAAUGUUAUAUUCGUACUCAUAUUUAAGCUGUAAAAAAAUAAAAUAAAAUCUCAUUGUACGAAAUGACGCAUUAUAGUUAGGGUGAUUAAAUGUGUGAGGUGUUUACUGAAUUUAUGAAAAAUAUAAGACUGAAGCUUUCAUUUUUUUUUCCCAAACCAACAAGGCGGGUUCAAGUUUAUAGUCUAUUGAUUUUGUAUGUGGAUUCCAAUUGUUGUAAUAUUUAUCAGGAGAAACAAUUAAAUAAAGCGAGAAAACAUUCCACUUGGCA